AGUUAAAUCAUUUACUCCUGUGAGGCGUUAUGGUCAUUCCUCUGUUCUCAUUGAAAAUAAACUUUAUUUCUUUAAUGGAUUUACUGGACAUCAAUGCUCAAAUAAAACAUUCUAUCUUGAUUUAUCUCGGUCAUUUAAUUUAGCUACUCCACCUUGGAUUGAAAUUACGCCAGAAAUAACAUUUAGAAGCUGCUAUGAAACUGUUUCACUAAAUGAUAAUGAGAUAAUUAUUUAUUUAUAUGGUGGAUAUACACUUAAUCUUUUAAAUCAAGAUUUAUAUUUAUCAAACGCACCAUUCACCAAUAAAAAUGAUAUGGUUAUCCUAAAUACUAAUGAAAAAUCAUGGAAAAUCAAUGCAAUUAAUUUACCUAAACCAAGAGACUGGUAUACCACAAUGUUAUUAUCAAAUGGAGUUAUAGUAUAUAUUGGUGGGAUUGAAUAUGUAAUAGCAAAAACUUCAAGCGUAAUUGAAAAUCGUAUAGGACAUAAAGCAGUAUUGGACGCAAAUGUAAAAACAAAAUUUAAACCAUUGCCACCAAAGACUUCCAUAAUUGUUGUUAAUUCCAAAAAUGAAUUAGGUGGAAUGAAAAUAGGAAAGCACUAUCCCCUAAACAUUAAUGAGGAUCAUACUUUACCCGGACACAUUAAUGGGGAACAUAUUUUACCUGAACAUAUUAAUGAAGAACAUUCUUUACCCGAACACAUUAAUGAAGAAUAUACUUUGCCCAAACACAUUAAUGAGGAACAUACUUUACCCAGAAAUAUUGUCGAACAUGAUAGAACCAGUUAUACUCCUACCUAUUAA